AUGGAUGAUGUAUCAUGUUCAGCUGAUAAGACUGUAAAAUUCUGGGACCUUGAAACAUUCGAGCUUAUUGCUUCUGGUGGAACUGAGAAGAUUCAGCAUAAGAACCUGAAAUGCACAGAUGAAAGUACUUCGGAGAAGAAAGUUGUGAGUUCAAUAGCUGGGACACCUGUGCAUUGGCACACUACUCUUGAAGAGGUACCAACAAGAGAUACGCAUGUUUCGUUACAUGUACUUGGGAAGACUCUUAAUAAAGCAAAAGUCAACGUAAUUAUGAGGCUAUGUUUGGUUCUCAUGGUUCUAUCCCCUCAGCCUACACAUGCAGCCUUAUAUCUCGUGAAGCGUUGCACGUGGGCUACACCUGAGGAAAGGGAGAAGCUAGAGCAUGUCAAGAUCAGUCCCAAAUCAAUGGAUUUGACUCAAGAAAUAGCCAAGAGAAUAUGCUAUUUUGGAGGUGGAGCACUUAUAAUCGUUUACAGGAUGGAUGGAAUGAUCUCAGACAGUCUUCAAGUUUGUUUUGUCAACAUACUGGAUGAUUCUGGAUCUGCGGAUCUAAGUGCUUAUGUUUAUUUUCCUUCGAUAAAACACUCUGCUGAGGAGGCUUCAGAAAAUGUGACAGUCCAUGGACCAAUCACACAGUCUCAGUUAUUUGGUUCACUUGGAAUAAACUUCAGAGUUGAUGCGCUGCUAAAGAACUGCGACGAUGAGCAAGCUGAGUCCUUGAGGUCAGGAUACUGA